UGACAAGCCACACGAUCCUCUUACGCUUAUCUUCUUCCACCCAAUCCAAAUUGCGACACAAUCUCUUUCGAAUCCACGCGCCUCAAUACAAUCGCCCAUUAACAACAGCUUUCAUGUUCACUCUUCUCAUGAUACUCCAUCAUCGUCGACCUUCACCUUGUUCCUGUUAGGUUUUAGACGAAACCCAUUGUUGUUAAAUCUACUUCUGGAGUCUGCUUGUCUUUUGAGUCACUGUAUGCUAUGAGAUUGCUUAGAAGUAACCAGGACUGAUUAAAUUUGUCGAGACCAAAAUGUUUCCCCUGUGCUCAGCCGCAAGCUGCCAUUACCAUUCUCAGAUUUUAUUGCCUGGCAAUUGGCGAGGCUGUUCUUCCUUUAGGAGAGAGUUGAUUCACAGAUACAGUUCUGGUGAUAAUGCCUUCCUUGGUAUCUCUAAUGGUACACACCUGCAGAAGAGUUUCUUACCUCAAGCCACUGGGAGUUUCUUUAUCGAUACUAUCGAGAAAAUAGAACAACCAGUAUCAACAUUUGGAAGUUUGUGCCAGAAUGAGUUGGACAGAGUAAACUGCAUGGUUUAUGACAUGAGUGAAGCUGUUGUAGUGAGUGAUGAGGGACUGACAUCUGUAGAAAAUGGGGAAGAUGUUUCCCCUGUUGAAGCUGUUGUAACAGAUGUUUCCCCCGUUGAAAGCCUUUCUGCUGAGACUUUAACCGAAAAGACCAGUAGCCUUGUAGAGUCGGUUGAGUCAGGAACCAAAUCUACUGUUGAUAUAUCUCCUGAUAGUUCAGUCUCUCUUCCGGAUACACUAGAUCUGAAUCCAGGAUCACUUCCUGAUUCGAAAGCUAGCUUUGAUGAUUUUUCUUCUGGUGUUAAAGAGUCUUUCAGUUCUUCACUUCCUGAUGCGAAAGCUAGCAUUGAUGACUUUUCUUCUGGUGUCAAAGACUCUUUCAGUUCUUCACUUCCUGAUGCGAAAGCUAGCAUUGAUGAUUUUUCUUCUGGUGUCAAGGAGUCCUUUAGCUCAUCACUUAACGAAGGAGAGAAUGCUUUAAAGAACACUUUGGAUUCCUUUUCCUCGUCUGUGACAUCCAUUACAAAGAAUGCUUCUGAAGUUGUAGAUAGUGCAUUUAACAGAGCAUUUUCUACACUAGACCAAACAGGAGAUAUAGCUGAAGACAAGUUUUCAAGUUUUUCUACUGGCUUGAAGGAAGCUUCAAACAGAGCAGCUGUUAUUGCCAUUGAUCUGUUGAGGCAAUCAGUUGGUAUUGCAGAGAGUUCUGUAACAAAUGGAGUUUCGUUUGUUGUGUACUCUUAUGGGUCAGCAAAAGAAUUACUUCCUCCAAAUGUCAAGAGUGCUCUUAACUCGUCAGAAGAUGUUGCUCUAAAAGUAUUGAGUCCCGUGGGAGCUGUGUUGCAGCAGGUAUCUGUUGCCAUUGGAGGUUUGGAGAGAAAUUUGGGUUUGGAUCCAGAUGACCCAAUCAUUCACCUUUUUCUUUUCGUAGGCACCACAGGAACCUUUUGGGUUCUAUAUCGGGUUUGGACAUAUGGUGGAUAUGCUGGAGAUUUGUCUCCAAAGUCAACUCUGGAGCUUUUAACAUCAAGAGAAAAGUCAGUGCUUGUAGAUGUCAGGCCUGAAGCCUUGAGAGAGAAAGAUGGAAUCCCUGAUCUGCGGAGAACCGCUCGUUUUCGAUAUUCUAGCGUGACACUGCCUGAGGUUGACGGUGCUGUUAAACGGCUACUGAAAGGUGGAAAUGAAGUUGAAGAUAUCUUGACAGCAGUAAUCAUCAAAAACUUGAAAGCAGUUCAGGACAGGUCCAAGGUUAUUGUUAUGGAUGCUGAUGGAACUCGUUCGAAGGGUAUUGCAAGAGCUUUGAGAAAAGUUGGGAUUAAGAAACCAUACUUGGUGCAAGGUGGGUUUAGAUCAUGGGUUAAGGAAGGUAUUCGUGUAAAAGAGUUGAAACCUGAGACAACACUUACCAUCCUCAACGAGGAAGCUGAGGCGAUUCUUGAGGACAUAAAUCCUUCUCCGUUGCAGCUAGUUGGAGUUAGUGUGGGGUUUUUCGCAGGAUUGUAUGCUUUGUUUGAAUGGGAGAAAACUCUGCAACUCAUAGCUGUCAUUGGCCUCAGUCUGACGGUAUAUUUACGACUUUCUUCAUAUGAUGACUCCGAAGACUUCAAGGAAGACGUCAGGCUGCUGUUUGCUCCAGUGAAACUCGGAGCUCAGGCUUUCUCAUGGGCUGCAGGAAAGCUUGAGACAAAUGGUGUUGGCCUGCCAACUUCACCUUCUUCCUCAGAUGUUCGAAGCCGUGUUUUGCAAGCUGCUGCUAAGCAUGAAUCUAAGCCCUCUGAUGAAACUUCUGAAAGUCUCCAAGAUGAUGAUGCAUCAUCAUCAUUAUCAUCACCAGAAGAAGCUUUGAACAACGUUGAUGUCUCAGAAGCGUAAAGGCUCCAACUUUUAUUUCGUUUUUUACUUCUUGUAAUUUCCAAAAAUUACUUUACUCGUCUCGUGGAAUUGUGCUAACAUUCAUAUAUAAUUUGUGAUGACGCAAAAGAAAAAAGUGUAAUUUAAUUUCAAUCACCUAUUUCGCUUUA